UAACCAGAAGUUCUUCACCAGAGCGACGCAGAAAUCCACAAAGAGCCGACAUGUCUGGUAGUCGGCGUGCAUUCGCUGCCAAGCUGAACAAAGCCCAGGGAGCAGCAGAAGCACGUCGCGACGCCUCUGAGACGAUUGAGGAGAUCUUUACCAACACAACUUUUUCCUCAUCUUCACCAGACAUUUUAGGAUCAUUUUCAACUGCUACUGCUACUCCGUUGUCUCUCAACGAGAUUGUGAAUCCGAUCAAUUAUGAGGAAUUUGUGGAGAAGCAUCAGAGUGUGAUGGAUAAGGAUCCGUUGAGAGACAUGCUGGUGUUUCCAAAGGAUGACAUUGAGGUGGUUACUGUAUCGCACCGCUUCAGGACGACUGAGACGCCUGUUCCUCAGGCUGCACAAAAUGUUAAAGACAUUCAUGUGAAAGAGUGUGUUAGUCUGUAUCUCACACAUCGGCCAUUGGUCAACAGAAAGUAUAACAGCAGCUAUGGAGGGCAGACACUGAGCAUGUCAAGAAUGUCGAGAGCAAGUACAAAGGCGCCCGAUUUUCUUCGAACUCUUGCAAGACAUGAAUUUGAAGUGGACGGUGUGAUGCCUGAUGAAACGGAUGAUGGACACAGUGGUGUGCAAAGGAAAAUGUCGAUUACAUCAAACAUAUCACUGAGGAGCUCCCAGAUGUCAAUGAUGUAUGAUCUGCAGUCAUCGGAAGAGGAUCCAUUGCUUGAAAACGUGAUGGACAUUGUACAUCCUGAUAAGGUCGACGGCGAAAAUGAGAUGAAACGAACACAAGACAGACAUCAAGCCUUGUUCUCCAUAUAUCCCAUGCCGGAUGAGGAUGAUUAUGUUGACAGACGCUUGUUACUGCCUUCACCGACUGAACAUUUUGGAUACAGAGUCAUGGUCAAGUGUCUUGAGUUGAGGCUUGAUUUAGAGAUCGAACCUAUCUUUGCCAUGAUGGCUUUCUAUGAUGCUAAAGAGAGGAAGAAGAUAUCAGAAAAUUUCCAUUUUGAUUUAAAUCGUGGUGAUAUCAGUAAGAUGCUGUCAGUGCAUGGCGUAGAGAAGUGUAUGCCAUCAGUCAGUCGUUCGGCUAUAUUUUCCAUCACGUAUCCAAACCAAGACGUCUACUUGGUUGUAAAACUGGAAAAAGUCCUACAACAAGGAGACAUAUCAGAGUGUGCCGAUCCGUAUAUGAGAGACUUGGAUUCAAAGACUCAUGAACGAGUGAAAUAUAGUGCGGCAAUGAACUGUGAACGCUUGGGGAAAUACAGAAUGCCGUUUGCUUGGACAGCAAUCAAUCUUAUUGACAUUUUGCAAGGCAGCACGAAUAUGGGUGGUGGAGUUGGAAAUAACACAGCGUUGCCAGCAGAAGUGAAGGGAAAUAGAGACUCUACAUUGAGUGAACAGAGAUCUUCAACACCAGAGCCACCACGUUUACGAACAGCAAGUGAACCAGGUCGUCGUAACACUGGGUCAAGUAUGUCAACUAGUGAUAUGAAGCGGUCGGCUACGAUGGCUGCCGCUGAAAACCACAAGGAAGAGGACAACACAGGACUCUUGCUCUCUCAUUUCAAACCUGUCACACUCACAGUGAACAGCUUCUUCAAACAGGAGGGAGAGAAACUUGAAGACGAGGAUCUGUAUCGAUUUCUCUUGGACUUGAAGAGACCGACAUCGACACUGAAACGACUGAAAUGCAUUCCAGGGACACUGAAAAUUGAUAUCUCUCUGCCUGGAGACAAUCAGUCUUGUUGUUUGACGCCGUCUCUAUUGCAGGUAAGCCCAUAUCCAGAUCCUCAUGCUCGUCCCACACGAGAAAUCGAAGAGUUUCCACCUAAAGAAGUCUUCGUUCCAUGGACAGUCUACAAAAACUUCUUGUAUGUGUACCCUCAAUCUGUCAACUUCUCGAGUCGUGGCGGCUCGGCAAGAAAUAUUGCAAUCAAGAUACAAAUUAUGGAAAAGGAAUCGGAACAGGAUGCGAUGAAAAUUAUCUAUGGAAAGUCGUCGUCUGCUAAGUUUCACAAAGAAGCCUGGACGGCCGUUACAUAUCACAACAAAGCUCCCGAUUUCUACGAAGAAGUGAAGAUCGAACUUCCUCCUGAUCUGGAAGAGCAGUACCACUUGCUUUUCACAUUCUACCACAUCAGCUGCCACAAGCCAACCAAACCACAGGAUAAUCCAGUCGUAGAACCAACAUUUAUUGGAUACACGUGGCUGCCGCUUGUGAAAGAAGGAUCUUUGCAAACUGGAGAUUUCAACCUUCCUGUAGCCGUCGACAAACCACAUGCUAACUACAGUCGUCUGCCACCAGAGGUUGCUCUUCCUGGUGUCAAAUGGAUGGAUAGUCAUAAACCCGUUUUCCGGCUGAGCAUCAACACGGUCUCCUCUAUUCAUUCGCAAGACAGUCAUCUGCGAUUAUUUUUUGAUCACUGCCAUGCUGCUUUGGCUGGUGAAGCAAUAACAAGCCCAGUUCCUCGUCCUCCCAGCGUUGUAUCAGAAACGGGUUCGUUUUCAUCAUUUGUCAGUAUGGCAUCGAAGAGUCCAGAGCUACAAGCAGAGGAGAAACUCGUGAAGUCGAUCGAGGGUUUGCGUUCUGCGCGAGGCGAAAAGGUCGUCCACUUUCUGCAUCUUCUCCUCAACAAACUCUUUCAGCUGCUCGUCAGGCCGGCUCCUCCUUUGAUAAUCGCGGGUGUCAAGGUCAGUGAGGCUGUGUUCGAGAGUCUGACGGACAUCGCCAAUCGUCUGCAUCAUCUUCUGGCCGAUCACUGCGAUUUGAGUGGCCGCAAUAUUCUGCUCGCUCAGUUUGUGCAGUACAUCUUCCAGCAUCCGCAAGUUGCAUUGGACAAGGCAAGCACAGAGGCCGGACACGAAACUUCGGAGGCGACUCAAUCAAACAAAACAAAGGGAUUGAGUAACAGCAAUCCAGAUCUUACGACUGGAGAAUCUGAUUUGAGUUUCACACGUAAUACAGAAAAGAGAGCGACGUUCUCAACAUCUCCAGGCACUAAACGUUCACUGAAAUUGUCUCUUACAACAGAUAAACCACCGUCUCCGCAGCCAGCUCAGAUGCUUGUUCAUGAGGAAUUGGCAGCUCAGUGGGUGGCAUGUCGAUCGUCCGUUAAAGAGAAGACAAUGGCUCAUGGAUGGUUCUUUUUUGAUGUCAUUGUUAAGAGUGUUGCUCAGUAUCUCCACAAGGCUGGUCGUCUGGGUCACGUCAAGAAGCCCAGGCUGUCGUCCGAUUUUCAUGACAAUAUCAGUAAAAUCGUGAAACUUAUGUCGCAGGAAAUUGUCAAGAAACACAUCAAGGAGUCGAAACUUGCAAGACAUCUCAAUACUAGUUUGGCUUUCUUUGUGCACGAUGCUUUGUCGCUCAUGGACAGAGGAUAUGUGUUUGAUUUGAUGCGGAUUUAUCUGAGACAAAUCUCUGCUGCUGUUGCCGACUUUAAUUUGCGUGAAUUCAAACUGGAACUGUUCAGGAUUGUUUGUAAUCAUGAACAUUUUGUUACUCUCAACUUGCCACUUGAUAUCAACCUUUCCCUGGAUCUCAUCACUAGUCCUACGUUUCCAUCGCCUCCGUUGUCACCAUUGCAACCAUUAGUGUCAUACAAAUUGUCACACGGAAGCACCGUUUCUACGCAGCAGCAAAAUAUGGCUGAGCUGACACGAGAAUAUCGACAGCAGCAUUUCCUAGUCGGUCUUGUGCUUACUGAGCUCGCAAAAGUUUUUGAAAACCAAGGAGACAGGAAGCCAUCAAUUCAGCGUCAGGCUAUCAGUCUGGUACGAGACCUCAUGGCUCGUCACGAUUUCGACAUCCGAUACACAGACGUCACGCGUAAAGCUCGUGUUGCUUCUCUCUACUUUCCUCUUCUGGGAAUCGUCAUGGAUUCGUGGCAGUGGUUAUACAAGGGCAGCGAUUCCAGUGAUUCAUGGUCGGUGUUUAGUCAGUAUGGCCCUUUGGUCAGUGAAUCAGAAGGCAACGGAACUCUUCAGAGCUACAAUACUACUAACACUGCCAAUCGAUUUCAGUCCGUAUCAGAGACGCCUCAACAAUCUAGUGGAACAGGAACUUUGAAGAGCCAAUCAAAGCUAGUCGUUGGAUCAGACGAGUUGACACCCGAGUCGACUCGUAACCUUCUGGCUUGCUUUUUGUGGAUCUUGAAGAGCAUUGAUUCGGAUGUAUUGACCAGAUGGUGGUCCGGCCUCUCUAUUUCAAGGUUGAGCUCUCUUUUGGCCGUUCUUGAUCUUUGUGUUGCGUGCUUUGAGUACAAGGGGAGGAAAGCUAUACAAGCGGCUCUUGGCGUGGCUCUCACUGGCAGCGACAUGCAAACGAGACUUACAGAGACAAUCAUGGGAGUCGGAUCUGCAAGAGCUCUGAUGAUGAGAAGAAGACAAAUGGGAGGAGACUCUGGAAUAAAAGCAGACACUGGUCGUCGAUGGGGCAUCACAUACAGAAAAGAAAGCUCAAGAAACCAAGACAGUUCUCGACCUCCCAUUGAUAUCGAAUUUGACGCUGCUAUUGAAAGCAAUCUUGCCACUGAAUGCUCACUUAUCCUUCUCGAUACAUUAGAGAGAUUGAUUGAAACAACAACAACUAGUGACUCUCUUCAUCAUUUGCUGGCUCGUGUUCUUACCAUUCUCUUGCAUUUCUUGUCAUGCCAUCAAAGUGCUCAAGCACUCAGCAACAUCUUUGCCACUCAACGAGCUCUAGUUUGUAAGUUUCCAGAGCUUUUGUUUGAAGAGGAAACAGAGCAGUGUGCUGAGCUGUGCACGAUUCUGUUACGGCACUGCAGUUCAGCUUUGGUGUCGACUCGCUCCCAGGCAACUGCAUCUCUUUACUUGCUUAUGAGACAAAACUAUGAGACUGGAGCAAGCUUUGCUCGUAUAAAAGUUCAAGUGACGGUUGCUUUGUCAACAAUAGUUGGUGGUGUUCAGCAAGGGCUUCUCGGCCAGCAGACGUUCAAUCCAGAAUUCUUGCGUCGGUCUUUGAAAACUCUUAUUACGUAUGCAAAGAAAGAUCAGUCAAUGGCAGGAACGACAUUUCCUGAUCAGGUAAAUGACCUUGCUGCAAAUCUAAAUAUGAUUCUCGUUGACACAGUCAAGAUGAACGAAUCAAAAGAGGAUCAUCAAAUGUUGUUGGACUUGAUGCACAGAAUUGCUAAUGGCUAUCAGAACUCUCCUGACUUGCGUCUGACGUGGCUACAAAAUAUGGCUGGGAAACACAGUGAACAAACCAAUCACUGCGAGGCUGCGAUGUGCAUGGUUCAUGCUGCCGCUCUCGUUUCUGAGUAUCUCUAUCUCAUAGAGGAUUGCGCGUGUCUUCCACGUGGAUGCGUUGCAUUUCAGGCUAUUUCUUUGAAUGUACUGGAGGAGAGUGCCAUUUCUGAUGACAUCACUUCUCCUGAUGAAGACGGCAUCUGUACUGGCAAACUGUUUUCAGAGUCAGGAAUUGUUGGUUUACUCACACAAGCUGCUGUCUUAUUUGAAUCAGGUUCGCUGUAUGAAUCUGCUGCUCAAGUGUACAAGAUUCUCAUACCAAUUCAUGAAGCAAAUCGCUCGUACAAAGAUCUUGCAAAAUUACAUGGCAAACUGCAGCAUCUUUAUUUUCAAAUAACAGAAAAGGGUGCAAGACGGGUGUUGGGAAGCUACUUUCGUAUUGCGUUUUAUGGAGAGCUUUUGGAUGAUUUGAAUGGAGCUGAGUUUAUCUAUCGUGAACAGUCACUUACUCAAUUGGCAGAAAUUUCAUUGAGACUUCAGACGCUCUACAGCAAUCGGUACAAACCACAUCCUGUUGAAAUCAUCAAGGAUUCCAGCAAAGUUGAUCCAUCAACACUUGAGCCUGGAAAGAUUUACGUUCAAGUGACAUUUGUUGAGCCGUACUUUGAUCGAUAUGAGUUGAAAAGCAGAGUCACUGCGUUUGAUAAAAAUUUUAAUAUUCGUCGCUUUGUUUACUCAACCCCCUUCACAAAGAGCGGCAAAGCUCAUGGAGACGUGGAAGAUCAAUGGAAACGAAAGACAAUCUUAACAACAGCAAAUCCACUACCAUACGUCAAGACGAGAGUCAAAGUGAUCAGUCGAGAGGAGAUUGAAUUAACACCAGUGGAAGUAGCAAUUGAAGACAUGUCUGUUCGUACACGUGAUCUCAAGCAAGCAACAAGUCUUGAUCCUCCAGACCCGAAGCUUCUUCAGGUUCAACUUCAAGGAGCCAUCAGUACGACAGUCAACCAGGGACCAUUUGAGAUUGCUAGCAAGUUUCUUUCAGACAGAGAAGAAGUUGGAAAGUCUCAUCAUUUGCAGAAGCUUUGUCUCUGCUUUCGUGAGUUUACACUAAGAUGCGGUGAGGCUUUGGAAAGAAACAAGCAUCUAAUUGGUGAAGAUCAACGUGAAUAUCAACGUGAAAUGGAACGGAACUAUAUCACGUUCAAAGAGCGGCUUAGCAGACUGCUUCCUGACAAGAGAGGAGCAGCAAUCAAAACUCGACGUAGAAGUCGAGAAACAUCAUUGCUGCAGAAGAUAUCUCGUGGCUCAGGAUUUCUAGAGAACGACACGAAGACUUUAUAGCAACUGUAAACAUUACUUAUUACCAUGAUUUCAAUUUAAUAUUAAUAGAUUCAGAAUUACA